AUGGCAGCAAAGAAAGUCGUCGUCGUUUUUGGUGCUACUGGAGGCCAGGGUGGGUCAGUCGUCAAAGCAAUUCUCGGGGAUUCCAAGAUGAAAGAAAGUUGGACUGUUCGAGGUGUUACACGUGACGUUUCGAAGCCUUCAGCCAAAGCUCUCGAGGAACAGGGCGCUGAGACGGUUGCUGCCGAUCUCAAUGAUGCUGCGACUUUGAAGGACGCCAUGAAAGGUGCUUAUGCUGUCUUUGCAGUCACAAACUAUUGGGAGUCUAAGAGCGCAGAUGUCGAGAUGAAGCAAGGAAAAGCAAUGGCAGAUGCUGCAAAGGAAGCUGGAAUUCAGCAUUACAUUUGGAGCAGCUUAUUAAACGUCACUGAGCUCUCCAAAGGUGCAUUGCCCAAGGUUAAGCACUUUGACUCUAAGGCAAAGAUCGAAGAUUAUGUUCGCUCAACUGGGCUCCCGGCUACUUUCUUCUUGCCUGGCUUCUACAUGUCUAACUUGCCAGGAGGCAUGUUCCGCCAAGCUCCUCCCAACAAUGAUUGGACACUCGCCCUCCCCAUUCCUGGAAGUACGCCAGUUCCUCUACUCAACACAGUCGGUGAUACGGGCAAGUUUGUCAAAGGCAUCUUGUUGAACCGCGAGAAGACACUUGGCAAGAGAAUCUAUGGGGCUACCGACUAUUACACUUUGGACGAAAUGGUCAAGGAGUUCAAAGAAGUCUUUCCUGAGGCUGGAAAGACAGCCAAGGCUGCUGAACUUCCUCAUCAAGUUUUCAAGGACAUCCUUGGGAAAACUGGCCUGCCAGAGGAAGCUGAAGAGGAGUUGUUGCAGAACAUGAGACUCAUGAACGAAUUCGGUUACUAUGGUGGUGCCAAAUUGGAUGAAAGCCACUCGAUUUUGGUAGACAAAUUGACCACAUGGGAGGAGUUCAUGAAAUCCGCACCUGCUUUCAAGGACUUGAAGUAG